GGGACGGGGCUGCGCCGCGCCGGGGGUUCCGGGAUCUCCCUCGCCGCCCGCAGCCGCCCCCCGCCAGUGUCGCUGCCCUCCCUGGCGGCACCCCCGGGGCACCCCCGGCCCUUCGCCCCUCUCCUCCUGCCAGGCCUGGAGGGCUCCCCUUGAGCCGCCCGGCCCCGCCGCCCCCAGCCCGGGCCCCCUCAGCACGUCCCGCCGUGGCCGGGCCGGGUUCGGCCCCGCUCCCGCUGCCCGCCCGGGCCUCGCCCUCCGCCGGCGUCCCCCGCGGGGAUGCAGCCGGCCCGCUCACCCCCGCUUGACCUCUUCUGGCUGCUGUGCAGGAACCGGCCUCCUGGAGCGCGUCUCCGGCCUCGCUCCGCGGCUCCGGGCUCGCUCUGAGGCGGGCAGCAGGCCACCUGCGCCGGGCCCCAGCACUGCUUCGACGCCGCCAUGACCCCCCGGGCCCGCUUGGCCUCCGGCGGGGUGCGGGAGAGGAGGUAGCGGCGGUGAGGGCGGCCGAGACCUGCGAUGGAAGGAGGCGAGGCGUGGUGAGGAGCCCCUCGCCCUGAGGAGCCAGGCCCGAAGCUUCGCCUCGCUGGUGGACAUGGUGCCGGUGUGCUUGAUCCUGCUAGACUUCGGCGAUACUUGAAGCCAAAUACGUGGCUCUUUGGCCUUUGCUAACUCAAUGCUAUGCAAAAGAAAAGGAGGAAAAAAAAAAAGAAACCUUGACACUGAUUGCAGUGGGAAUGGCUGUUUCCUGCCCUGGGUGAGCCUACGUGUGGUUUCUUGCUUGUGAGAUGAACUAUUAAUUCUCCUUUACCUGGUGGAAGACGCACUACACAUGGCGACCUGAACCUUUGGUAGCGCUUGUUCGUUGUUAAGCAGUUGGAACUUUUACUUGUUUUCUUUGCAUAAAGCCACCUAAGGAGCCUUGCUGCUGUCUUCAGAAGCAUUGGAGAAACCUGCGCUUGUCUUAAUUCUUCACCUCAAGUGACUUUAUCACCCAGUGUGUGCACCCAGCGCACCCACCUGAAAUACGUUUGUCUCCAAAGCUCCUUCCCAGCCUGCAAGAUCAGGGAUCACAGACUUCUUCGAACACUUCUCGUCCUGGGAAAGGCUGCCCAUAGUUACUUUAUGGGGCAGCAGCCUGGAAAAGUUCUUGGGGACCAAAGGAGGCCGAGUCUGCCUGCCCUGCACUUUAUCAAGGGAGCAGGGAAGAAGGAGUCAUCAAGGCAUGGGGGCCCACACUGUAACGUCUUCGUCGAACAUGAAGCCCUUCAGAGACCGGUAGUGUCAGACUUUGAGCCCCAGGGUCUGAGCGAAGCAGCUCGCUGGAACUCCAAGGAAAACCUUCUGUCCUGCCCUAGUGAAAAUGACCCCCAUCUCUUUGUUGCACUGUAUGAUUUUGUGGCGAGUGGGGACAACACUCUCAGCAUAACUAAAGGUGAAAAGCUCCGUGUCCUGGGCUACAAUCAUAAUGGGGAAUGGUGCGAGGCCCAAACAAAGAACGGACAAGGCUGGGUACCCAGCAAUUACAUCACCCCAGUGAAUAGUUUGGAGAAGCAUUCCUGGUAUCAUGGACCAGUGUCACGUAACGCUGCGGAGUACCUUCUGAGCAGCGGCAUCAACGGCAGCUUUCUUGUGCGGGAGAGUGAGAGCAGUCCAGGACAGAGAUCUAUUUCACUGCGAUACGAAGGAAGGGUGUACCACUACAGAAUAAACACUGCAUCUGAUGGAAAGCUGUAUGUCUCUUCAGAGAGCCGCUUCAACACCUUAGCAGAGCUGGUCCAUCAUCAUUCAACUGUCGCAGAUGGGCUCAUCACCACGUUGCACUACCCAGCACCCAAACGCAACAAGCCCACUAUUUAUGGUGUGUCUCCAAACUAUGACAAAUGGGAGAUCGAGCGAACUGACAUCACCAUGAAACACAAGCUUGGUGGAGGGCAGUAUGGAGAGGUGUAUGAAGGAGUCUGGAAGAAGUACAACCUUACAGUGGCUGUGAAGACUCUAAAGGAGGAUACCAUGGAGGUGGAAGAGUUCUUGAAAGAAGCUGCAGUAAUGAAGGAGAUCAAGCAUCCGAACUUGGUGCAAUUAUUAGGGGUGUGCACACGGGAACCUCCUUUCUACAUCAUCACUGAGUUCAUGACGUAUGGGAACCUGUUGGAUUAUCUGCGUGAGUGUAACCGGCAGGAGGUGAAUGCUGUGGUGCUGCUCUACAUGGCAACUCAGAUCUCCUCAGCCAUGGAGUACCUGGAGAAGAAAAACUUCAUUCACAGGGACCUUGCUGCCAGAAACUGCCUUGUAGGGGAGAACCACUUGGUGAAGGUGGCAGAUUUUGGCCUCAGCAGGCUAAUGACAGGCGACACGUACACUGCCCAUGCCGGAGCAAAGUUCCCCAUCAAGUGGACUGCCCCAGAAAGCCUGGCCUACAACAAGUUCUCCAUUAAAUCCGACGUCUGGGCCUUUGGCGUUCUGCUGUGGGAAAUUGCAACCUACGGUAUGUCCCCUUACCCUGGCAUUGACCUGUCUCAAGUCUAUGAGCUGUUGGAGAAAGACUACCGCAUGGAGCGCCCCGAAGGCUGUCCUGAGAAAGUCUAUGAACUCAUGAGAGCAUGCUGGCAGUGGAGCCCUUCCGAUAGACCUUCCUUUGCUGAGAUCCAUCAGGCCUUUGAAACCAUGUUUCAGGAAUCCAGCAUAUCGGAUGAGGUGGAGAAGGAAUUGGGAAAGAAGGGCAUGAGGAGCGUAGUGAGCAAUUUCCUGCAAGCCCCAGAGUUACCAACCAAAACACGAACAUCGAGGAGAGCUGCUGAAAGCAAAGAUGCCAAUGAGGGCUUGGAGGCUGCACAUGCUCGAGGCCAGGGGGAGUGUGAUCCUCUGGAUCAUGAACCUGCUAUUUCCCCCUUACUCCCACGGAAGGAGAGGGUGGCCCUGGAGAGCAGUUUGAAUGAAGAUGAGAGGCUGCUUCCAAAAGACAAGAAGCACAACCUCUUCAGUGCCCUUAUCAAGAAGAAGAAGAAGACUGCCCCUACCCCUCCGAAACGGAGCAGUUCCUUCAGAGAGAUGGAUGGCCACUCAGACCGCAGGGCAGGUGGGGAGGAGGAGUGCAGGGAUCCUGGUAAUGGAGCUUUCAUUGCACCCCCUGCAGACCCAGCUGACCCCUCCAAGUUCCAGAGCCCAAGCAAUGGGGCUGGUGUCACCAACGGGGUUGUCCCUGGGAACUCUGGAUUUCUAUCUCCCCAUUUAGGGAAGAAGUCCAGCACGAUGAGCAGCAGUCGAGGGGUGGCUGGUGAAGAGGAGAGUAGUUCCAGCUCCAGCAAGCGUUUCUUAAGGUCCUGCUCAGCCUCCUGUGUGCCCCACGGAGCAAAGGACACAGAGUGGAAAUCUGUGACUCUGCCUCGGGAUUUGCAGUCCACAGGACGCCAGUUUGAUUCCUCCACUUUUGGGGGACACAAAAGUGAGAAGCCAGCACUGCCUCGGAAGCGGGCAAAUGAGACCAAGACUGACAUUGCUGUCAGGGGAACAGUGACCCCUCCUCCAAGGCUGCUUAAGAAAAAUGAAGAGACCACGGAUGAUGUGUUCAAAGAUGCAGAGUCGAGCCCUGGCUCCAGCCCUCCCUCCCUGACGCCAAAACUUGGCCGUAGGCAACCUGCUGCCCCUCCUUCCUCCAGCGUGCUCCACAAGGAUGAUGGAGUCAAAUCCAGUGCCUUAGGUACCACUGUGACGAUGGACCAAGGUUCUGCUGCCAAACCCAGCCCUGCUGGGUUCGUGGGUGCCAGCAAGGCUUCCUCUGAGGAGCCACGACUGAGGAGGCUCAAGCAGACCUCGGAGUCAGCAGGGAAGGACAAAGGGAAGUUGUCGAAGCUGAAACCAGCACCUCCACUUCCGCUCUCUUCAUCCUCCGUCAGCAAGCCUGGGAAGGUUUCUCACAAUCCCAGCCAUGAAGCAGCAGCAGAGGUGGUGUCUGGGCCGAAAUCCAAACAGUUGACUCAGGUUGGAGAGGCUGCAGGCAGUGAUGCUGUCAAGCCAAACCAGUCAGGGGAAGGUGUGAAAAAGCUGGGGAUCCCUUCUGUACCAAAGCCACAGUCCUCUACAAAGCUGCUGAUGAGCACGGCAACCCCAGCUGCCUCUUCCUCAGCAGUACCCUCUGCCUCAGGUGGGGACCAGCCAUCAUCUACAGCCUUCAUCCCUCUCAUAUCCACCAGGGUCUCGCUGCGAAAGACCCGGCAGCCCCCGGAGAGGAUCGCCAGUGGCACCAUCACUAAAGGGGUGGUGUUGGAAAGCACGGAGGCCCUGCGGAUCGCCAUCAGCAAGAACUCUGAACAAAUGGCAAGCCACAGCGCUGUCCUGGAGGCUGGCAAGAACCUCUACACCUUCUGCGUGAGCUACGUGGACUCCAUUCAGCAGAUGAGGAACAAAUUUGCCUUUCGGGAGGCCAUCAAUAAGCUGGAGAACAACCUACGGGAGCUUCAGAUCUGCCCAGCAACGGCUGGCAGCGGGCCUGCAGCCACCCAGGACUUUAGCAAACUUCUCAGUUCAGUGAAAGAAAUCAGUGACAUUGUUCAGAGGUAGCAGAAACCAGGUUAAAAACCAAAAUAAUAAUAAUAAUAAUAACAUAAAAUCACCAUGGGCCAAAGCCAACUGUGGAGAGAGCGACAUGUGGACUGGCAAAGGACUGUGGGCGUUCAGCUUAGGGCUGUGAGAAAGACACAGACUGUGAAUGGAUGCCCCAGCUCCAAAGGGCAGGGCUGUGUUCAAGAGGCACUUUCCACCCUCUUAACUCAGUUUCCCUGUGUUUCUUAUACUUGUAAUCGUCUUAUCUGUGGAGUUCUUGCCUUGUGGACUACAAGUCUAAAUGCUGAUGUCACACCAUGCCUUUUUAGUAAUAUUUUAUUGCUCUGGACAGACCAUUAGGACUGAAGCCAGACUGAUGGACACUGAGAUGCCAUCCUCCUCAGGAGGAACUUCCUAAUGCAUUUUCAUCCCCUCCUUCUGCCCCACUGUACACAUGGAUGAGUGUUUGAAUAGCAAUAUACCCACUGUGUUACUUGGGAGAGCUGCAGCAGGUGUGCCUGGCCCAAGUCUGAUGUCUACCUGACAUUAAUGCAACAGAUUUGGUGCUCGGGAGGGAAGGGGGGAAAUGGUUAAUGUAAGGGGAGUUUUAAUGACAGAGUGCUACAAGUGAUGUUUGCUCAGAUUCUCCCUCUGAUUCCACCUGAUGCCCUUUGUGUUUUGUUUUCAUUAAUUUCUUUAUGCUGUUGAGAUGAAUUGCUUGGGCUCAAAAUGUUGCAGGCAGCACUUGCCGAUGUAGUGGCACUGGAGCCUCUUUGUGGAUCUCCCUUGGUAGUGAAAAGAGACCACUGAAGGUCUGAAGAAGGAUGUGCUGUCACACUCUUGUGAUAUCCAGUGUUAACCAGGCUGGUGUUUGGGGUGGAGGGUUGCAGAGACCGGGGAGCAGGAGGAUGGUGCUGAGCAAGGCAUUGCUCCCUGGAGGACCAGAGGGUUGCAGCAGGGGAGGUGGCUCAGGAUGGAUUCAGAGACACCACUGUGCCUCUAGCACUGGUUUCAGCUGAGCUCACCCAUCACGGAUGGGUGAGAACUGCUGAUUCUCUCAUUGACUUUCCAGCUCUUUGUUCUGGCAGGGGAGGUGAGACCUGGCUGCUGCCCUGCCACAGAGACCUGUCCUUUGAGGGGCCCUGAUGCCUCCUUGCCUGUGCCAAUGAAGAUGCCAGUACUUUGGGGUUAAAACCGUCACUACCCUCAUGCCGGUGCAGUUCCAUCCAGCAUCAAACAAGGAUCUGUGAAGACUGCAGAGGCUUCUCUUAGGUGCAUCUCCCAAGGAAACUGCCACAAAACGCUGACAGCAGGACUCCUGGGCUUCCUUUCCAAGGUCCUGCGACCUUCCCAACUAAUGCAACAAGACUGGGAACUAACUGUGACUUGGGACAAUGGUGAAAGAGCAAGGUUUAGGGCUAUUAACAGUGCAAUUUAACUCCUCUUAACAGUUCCAAACAUGAGGAAAAAAAAAGCGUUUUCCAUGUUCCUGUUCCCCUAUAACUCUUGUGACCCCUCUUGUGUAUCUUAAACACUAAUUGCCUUCAAUUGUAUUUUAUGCUGUUCUCUUUGGGACUGUUUUUGUAUAUGAUUUCUAGUAGUUCACUCGUGUGUGUUCACGCCAUUUCUCGCCCUCACAAACAGCCAUGACUUAACACAUGACAAAUGGUCAAAGGAAAAUACACACUUCUGCCACAGGCUGCCUUGAAAAAUGUAAGGAGAAAAACCCCAGCCCAACCCUUGGACUGUCUCUUUCCUGGAGGUACUGUUUUUACUUUGAUAACAUAUUGUGCCACUAUAUUAUACAUUUGUAUCUCGUUAUUACACACUUUUGUAGACUUGUCUUUUUUACAGUGUGUAAAUAGCUCUGUCCUUCGUCUCUGUGAUACCUAAGGGGGCUGUUUCCCCUUGAAUUUGGUCCAGUACGGAUUGUUUCUGUACACGACUUUCAAUUCUUCCUUUUCUCUCUCUCUCUCUUUCGUUGUUUUGAUUUAUUUUUUAUUCCAGUCUCUCUUGCGUAGUAUAUUUAAAAAUAAAUCAAUGUUGAGGAAAACCUG